AUGCGUCUUUGGAAACUUCUUUCUGUCACUAUGUUGGCACCUGCCAUGAGUCUUGCCGCUCCGGCUGUCAAGGAACUUUCUCUUUCUUACCUAUCAGCUCUCAAUCAAAAAAGAGAAAAUUUAUGCAACCUGAAGGCCCCACCAGCUCUCUGCCAACCAAAUACCACAGUCAGUGUCUCGGAGACGGCGUCAAGGGCUUACAAGUUCUAUCGCGCAUUUGUGGUGGAUGGGGACCCCAGGACCAUGUUCUCUCUCAUAGACUCAACUUACAAGCAACACCACCCGGGUUAUGCAGACGGACCCAACACCAUCUGGUCGAUUUUCUGCAACGGUCAGAAGAUCGGCACCGAGCAGAACACGGCUUGGUGCUUUGAUGCCAGCACCAAUAUGUCGUAUGCGCGAUACUCAACCACGGACCGCUGGCGCUGGGUUGAUGGAUGUGUCCACGAACAUUGGGAUCAGAACGAGUCGAUUCCAACGGAUAAGUGCUACAAGUUGAACAACACCAGCACAUCUUGA